AUGAAUCAAGAAGGGAGAGAAUUACAACACAUGAGACCAGUCAACGCUGAUGGAAAUCCCGUUGUAGCAGAUGUCGAUCAAGGGGAUGCCAAUGAAGUUCGGAGGUCUUGGAUAAAGCGUUUCUUCGACUGGGUUCGUGGGCGUCCACAAAGAAACGCUAAUGGUAAUGCCAAUGAUGCAGAAAAUAAUCAAAAUGGAAAUGCCAAUGCACAGCAGCCUGUAGCAGCUCAGAAAUCUUGGAUAAAGCGUUUCUUCGACUGGGUUCGUGGGCGUCCACAAAGAAACGCUAAUGGUAAUGCCAAUGAUGCAGAAAAUAAUCAAAAUGGAAAUGCCAAUGCACAGCAGCCUGUAGCAGCUCGGAAAUCUUGGAUAAAGCGUUUCUUCGACUGGGUUCGUGGGCGUCCACAAAGAAACGCUAAUGGUAAUGCCAAUGAUGAAGAAGCAGCUUUUGUGGAUGUGGAAGUUAAAAUCCAUGGAGAGAUACUUGACUUCAAGUACAAACGUAUGCAAAUUAUCUGGAACUCUCAUUUAAACUCCAUGUUGACCAAGAAUUCGAAAUUUAAAGAAAACUUUUUGAUCAUGACCAAGGACUUCCAUACUACGGUGUUUGAUAGCGUUGGAAAGCUUGUAUCAGACCACAAAACUAUCAUGAACGGAGCUCAGGCUAUGGCAAAGGGAGAACCAGACUUAGAUUUGCGGCCAGAAAGUUUGAUCGAUAAUUAUUUCGAAGUCAGGAAUAGAAUUAACUUUUUCGGGACUAUUGAAUUUGAUUCGCCCGACGCGUCAUUGAAGGAUAGUUGCAACAAGGUAAGGGAUAAGAUUCUCGCAGAGUUCAACGAAGAUACUCAACUGCUUGUGUACUAUCUCGAGCUUGUACCGCUCAUGUGGGAAAUGGCUAAACAGGCACGAACGUUGUAUUUGGGGCUUGCCUUCCAGAUAACGGGAGCUUUUCUCGGGCUCUUAGCCUUUGUGCCACCACUUGUUGACGCAAUAGAGGUGAAAGAAUUAGCAGCUCCAACCGUUGUUUCUGCGACACCCAUAUUUCAAAGCUUGCAAUACAUUGCCCAGGACCCCACUUUUCAGAAACACUUUGUCGUUCCAUGGGAGCUUUGGUCAUCUCUGCUGAAAUUUAAGUUAUGCUUCUGCUCAGUUUGCAUAUUGAUGCUCAUAAUCUGGUUAGUUUCAAUUUUCGUCAUACCCAACUAUUUUCGGUGGCUCAACAAUUCCCCCUAUAGGGGAAAACGGAGAGCUUUCAAAAGGCGGGGAGAAAUUAGAAAAACUAUUGGGGUCGCUUGGCCAUCCGACAUCUCCGAAAAUGAUUUUAAGCGAGUUUCAACUGUCGAUGACGAGCUGCCCAAACUUGAACAUGGGUCGGAUGAAGAAGAAGUCUUCGAAAGGAGAGCUGCAAAAAAACAAAUCAACAUUUGCACAGUCAAGAUACCCGUCGAACAUAUUAUUGUGGAUCCUCCGGUUGUUGCUAUAGGCCGGAGGUUACAACAAGAGGAACGACAGGCAGCUUAA